AUGGCAUUAAACGAGAAAGUUAUGUUUGCGAUGCUGGAGAAAAUAAAAAAUGAGAUCAACGAUAGCACGCUCACAAUUAUUAAGCAAGUGAUUAGUGAAUUGAAUAUUCCAUCGUUACUUGAAGAGCAAAAUAAAAGAAUGGAUAAGCUGACUGAGGAGAAUGAUAGAUUGAAGAUCGAGGUAUCGCGGCAACGGGUAGUAAUAGACUCCAUGCGUAGAGAGAAAAAUCUUAUAUUUUAUGGAAUGGAGGAGAGAGAGGGUGAGAGGCGUGAGCAGAUUAUGGAGAAGAUAAUGGAUUUGAGUAAUAGUGUAAUGAAAGUCGAUCUGAAAGAGGCAGAUAUAGAUUUUGUCAAACGAUUGGGAACUGCUGGCCCAGGUGUCAAACGCCCAAUAAUGUUGUCAUUGGUAUCGAACAUGAAGAGACAGAGUAUUAUAAAUAAUAGUGCAAGAUUAAAAACCUGUAAGCUAUCUGUGUCUCCAGACUAUGACAAGGAAACUAGAGAAAAGAAGAAGAAGUUGUAUUCAGUCCAAAGGCAACUGCGGGAUGCUGGCUAUGACGUUAAAAUCAAGGGAAUCGGACUUCUAAUCAAUGGAAAUUAUACAACUUGGGAUAAUUUGACAGAAGAUGCGCUAAAAAAGUAUUUUGAGAAGGCCUCGCAAUCAGCAUUCUCUGCGUCGCGUAGAAGUAAACGAACCACCCAUCAGAAACAGGACACUGCUAUAGCUACAACUGGAGGGACCAUAACUUCAUAUCUUUGUACAAAACGCGGCCAGCCAAAGUAG